AUGCAAGAACUGGCGUGGCAUCAUGCUCCUCUCUGUCCCAAGCAAGAUCCUAACAAGAAUUAUACUGGAAAGGCUAUAGAAGAACGACUUCGUCCUGAACAGGCAGGCUUUAGAAAGGACAAGUCCUGUACAGACCAGAUCGCCACUCUAUUUAUAAAAAUCGAACAGUCACUGGAGUGGCAGUCAACACUUUAUCUUAACUUCAUAGACUUUGAAGAGGCCUUAGAUAGUGUUGAUAGAAAAGUCAUCUGGAAACGACUACAGCAUUAUGGAACGCCUCCUACCUUUAUCAACCUGAUACAACAAUUGUAUGACGAGGCAACAUGCCAAGUCAUCCACAAUGGAAAGCUUCCUGAAGUGUUUGAGGUACAGACUGGGGUUAGACAAGGCUGUCUGCUGUCACUAAUGAUAUUUCUAGUGGUAGUGGACUGGAUCAUGCAGGAGACAACAAAAGAUAGUAAGACAGGAGUCCAGUGGACUUUCACUCAGUGUUUGGAAUACCUUGACUUUGUAGGUGAUCUAUGCCUCAUGUCCCAGAAGUAUGAGCAUAUGCAGCUCAAGACAAAUAGACUUGCAAAAAAGCAGCAAAGACAGGUCUUAAGGUGA